AAAAUUAUUUUUUUUUUGAUUCAAUUGAUUAUUUAUCCAAAAUUAAAAUAAAAAGUAUUUACUGGGAAAUAUGAAAUCGGCCAAUUACGAGGGCUGUUAGUGUUGGCGCCACCGAUGUUUCGUCGAAAUACUUAGCGAGUUUCCAUUCUCAAAAUUUGAUUUCAUUGCAGGGUGUUACUUGAGAAAUAUUGGUUAACACGUAAUGACAGACAAAUUUUUCAUCAUUUAAAAAUUUGUGAAUCAUUCAAUGGUUCUUUGGCACCUACUGUCGCCAAUAUAGGGUGACAGGCUCCCGAAUAGUGUCGCAAUACCGUAGUAUUCUUAGUGGGCGGAGGACGUUUUGAAGUGCGACGUGAAUAAGAAAGAUAAUAGUUGAUGGACGUUUUAAAAGCGCGAAAGAGUAUUAUACUUGUUAUUGCAACAAUAGAAUAUCACGGUAAUGGAAUUUCCACAUCUCGGUGAGCAUUGCUCGGAGCAAUCUUGCAAUAGAUUGCAAUUUCUACCUUUAAAAUGCGACGCAUGCGAUGCAAUAUUCUGUACAGAUCACAUAUCGUACACUGGCCAUAACUGUCCAAGUGCCUAUAAAAAGGAUGUUCAAGUACCAGUUUGCCCCAUGUGCAAUGCACCAGUGCCUUUUAAGCGAUCGGAUCCCCCUGAUAUAGCGGUCAGUUUGCACAUAGAUAACGACUGUCAAGCAGAUAAAGCUAAAAAUCGCCGAAAAGUGUUCGCCAAUAAGUGCUCGUCUAAGGGCUGCAAGGUCAAAGAAAUUGUUGCCGUGCAAUGCGGUGAAUGUAGUAACAAUUUUUGCCUGAAACACAGACAUCCAUGUGAUCACGCGUGCGUCGGUAAAGAGGAAGCAAUGCGGCAAAGAAGGCUUGAAGCUCUCAACAAGCGUAGUGGGAAUAGACACAACAAUGCACAAGAUAACCACGACACUGGCUCAAGCUUGUUGAGAAAUUUCCAAGGGACAAUCUGCGAGGAUGAAGCAUUGGCGAGAGCCCUGCAAGCUUCUCUUCAGGACGAGGAAGGAUCCAGGAGUAGGGAGUUCCAUAAUCAAGAGGAACAGACUAUCGAAAGUAGAGCCAGGUGCAGACUUUCAUAAUCUUCAGGAAUUGCUGACAGGAUUUUUGCAUCACCCUAUGAAAAUAACGUCAAUUUUCUGUGCUUUCAAUCUUUGCUAUGCACUAUCGGUUUCUACUUAAUAAAGAUCAUCUAUAUUUUUUUUAUCCAUAUUUUGUCGUUGCUAUAGCUAUGACCUUUUAUUUGUAACACGAUUGGUCGUGUAUUUCUUACCAAUCCACGUUAUUCUCUGUAAAAUGCACAGAAAGAUGUGUUCAACUGUUGACUAUUCAUCUUCAUUGUCGAUCGAUCUACAGGAUUUAAAACUGCAGACUAAAUGAACAUAUCCUUAUUUUUGGGACGUCAGUGUAGGUUAGUAGGGUGAAUUCUUGGAACUGGUUCCUGUAGAAUUAGUUAGUUACGUCAGAAGUUAAAAAAUCUGCUGAGAGAACGACCGUUGUUAAAAGUUUUUUCGAUAAACACUUACUAUACAUGCAACUGCAACACAUUCCUAAUGUAUUUUCCACAUCAAUUUUCCAUCAAGAUAACAAUAACAAAUCAAAUAAAGAAAACUUUAUUAAUGCCUAUAAUUUUCAAUAUAGUUUUACUCUUGUUACUCGCACAAUAAAUAUUAUCCAUACAUUCGC